CGCUCACAUGCAGUCGCAGAACGAAUUUGUCAUUAAAAGUCAAAUCACACAUGCUACAGGUUGACGGGAAUCGACAGCUGUUCCCUUCUGUCCACGAAGUCAGUAGUUGAACUUGAUGGUACCUGCGUGAAUUACUGUUUAGUUUUUGUUGUCGCUUAUUUGCAGAAUAAUCACUGUUGCAGCUUUGAACACAAGCGUUGUACACUGGUCGAUGCAGUUAAAGGUAUCUGGUAUACAGCCAAGAUGUGUAUCUUGUUCUUUCAACUGAAUGAUAAAGGUGAAUGUGGUACCUACCGCCUAGUUCUUGCCAACAACCGAGAUGAGUACUGGGCACGACCUACGUCUACAGCAGCGUACUGGGGGGAGAAUGACAACUGCCUGAGUAGUUUGGACCAGGAACCAGGCAGAGAGGGUGGAACUUGGAUGGGGAUCAACAAACAGGGCAAGAUAGGAGUUCUCCUCAACAUCCUUGGAGAAAACCUCCCAAACAGGAAAGGAAGAGGUUUCUUGGCCAGGGAUUUCAUAGCAUCAAACACAAGUGCCGAGACUUUUCUGCAAAACCUGUCUGCAGACGUAGUCACCUCUGAGUACAAUGGAUUCCACCUUGUUCUCCUAGAAGCAGGAGGCCAACAUCCGUCGGCGAUGUACUUGACUGAAAGUUCCGAACACCAGAGACGGGGCCCACAGAGGCUGUCACUGGGAGAUUUGCAUGCCUUUGGUAACUCAACUGUAGAUAAGCCUUGGCAGAAAGUGGAACAGGGUCAACCUCGCUUUCAGAAGAUUAUUGAAGAAAACAGAAGUCCGGAGUCCAAAAACAAGCUUGUUGAUUCCCUGCUGGAUUUCCUGAAUGACAAACAACAAUAUACAACAGACAGUGUUCUUGGUGGAACAUGUCGAGAGUUGGGCGUUUCCACUGUGAUAAAGGAUGAGAGAUCGGCAAACUGUGUGUGGUCGCCAUCAAUCAUGUAUGGGACAAGAACCAACACUGUGAUCCUGGUGGAUAGCAAUGGUCGAUGUGAUUACAUUGAACGAUCCUUGGUGACCCCUGUUGAUGAAAACGAUCCCCAUACAACUACAGAAACAUUUUCUUUCAACAUUGACAUGACCUCCACAUAACUGUUUGUUACAAAGCAGUCAUCACUGUUAAGUCUGUUAUCUUUCGUAUGAAUAUUAAGCUGAUCUGAGUUAUCUCCCUUUAACCAGAAUAUUAUUAAGGGAAAUGUCGAAUCCCAGAUUGUGUUUUGGCGUCUGUUAGCACCGUGUCCUUCCUCUUGGAUUCACCCAGUGGUAAACAUCAGAGACCAGCAUCAUUUCAGACUUUCUCUCACAUUCAGCCUGCACUCUGUGAUAUAUAUGCAAUAUUGUUUACGUGAUAUUAAACCAAGCUUGAUCACUUCCGUUGGUGAAA